AUGAAUUCUUAUAUUGUUGGAGACAACUCGAUCAAUCAGACUGUGAAUCAGUUGUUGCAAGAAGUAGAUUUACGCAAGAGUUUCGAUCAGUUUGAGCUGAUUCGUUUUCCUGUUGAGUUUAUGCUAAUAGGGUCUCAAGAAGUACCGAUUCUAUGAGAUCCUUCGAAAUCCAUUGUAGGAGCAGGUAAACAAGAUAUAUGCUCCAAAGAUUCACAAAUUAAUAUGUUUCAUCUUGAUGAUACUCCAAGCAAUGAUAAAUUUUAUAGCAGUUCUCAAUUUUGCGAGUUUGUCCAAAACAAAUAAACAAAAUCUUUUAAAGAAAUGUUAUCAGAAUUCUUGAAGUGAUGAUCAGAUAAACUCCAUGAUCGAUUAUGUGACUAGAAGAAUUGGAGGCACUUCUUCAUCUAAAAGUUUACCUAACGAUGAUAUCACUCUAACUUGCGAAUCUUUAACCCUAAAUAUUUCAGAGGAAGAUACAGCAGAUAAAAGAAUCAAAGAGCUGCAGGGAUUUAAAUGCUCAAUCUUUUCCUAUAUCACACAACAGAAAAGAAAAUAAAAAAGUCAUCAGAUGAAGAUUCGGAAACUGCAAAAAGACAUUCUCAAGAACCUGGAACUUCAUAGACCACGCAAGAAUGCACUUAAAAAUAAGACCACAUAAAUGCCCCAGCUGUCUAUCCUCCUUUACCCAAAAAGGAAACAUGCUAAAACACAUACACUCAAUGCACCCCUCCUCACCUUCACUCUAACCCAUUCCCCAAAAGAUGGCCUUCUCCACCCAUUCUGUACUAUGGCUCCACC